CUGCUCUACCUCAUCAAUGUCGGUGUUAUAAAAACCGAAGCAAAAUAUCCAUAUUCGAUUCGUUGCAGAAUAAUGGGGUAUUAGUCACAGUGGUAGCAAUAAAUGGAAUUCAAAAUGAUAGUACAGUUAAUUUAGAACGACAGUUGCAGCACGGCAGUUGCAACCAGACCGAGUCUUUGAAAUGCUGCGUCAAUCCGAACAUUUUCAAUGUCGUCGAAGGCAAGCGCUUGCUAUUUUCAGCUUUAUAGUCAUCUUUUGUAUUGAUUUUUCUUGUGCCGACAACCCAAACAACAAUGCUGAAGAUACCGCAAUUCCAGCCGUCUUCGGCAGACUGCAUCCAUUGAAGCUUGUCGGCGAAAUUCGCGACAAAACCGCUGGUAUAGGUCAAGGUAUCACCACGAUACUUAAAGAACCUGCACAAAAGGAUUUCGAUAAUUUAGAGAACUUGAUGAAUGCUGCGAAUCAAAAAAGCCCUGAAAACCCUGUAGUUUCCGACAAUAAUGGUGGCGCUGUGCAAUCUGAUGAAUCUGAUGAAUCGGAUAGAGUGUCAUAUCACUAUAUGCAAAGUCAUCUAGGUCAGGGUAUCACCACGAUACUUAAAGAACCUGGACAAAAGGAUUUAGAUAAUUUAGAGAACUUGAUGAAUGACGCGAAUCAGAAAAGCUCUGAAAACUCCGAAGUUUCCGACAAUAAUGGUGGCGCUGUGCAAUCUGAUGAAUCGGAUAGUGUGCCAUAUCACUAUAUGCAAAGUCAACUUUCUAAUAGAAGGAUAGGUAACUCGUAUCGAUUUGGUGGCAAAGGUUGAGGUAUUUUGAAGCAGAUCUGAAACCAUAGUACUAUUCAAAUAAAUUUAACUGUUUAAAUAAAAUUAUAAUUAUGCAAUAAAGGAAACAUGGAAAUAUAA